AUGAACUUGAUACUUUUCUCUCAUUCGCCCAAUUUCUACAGGACAGAAGUUUCCACAAAGCUUUCUACGAACUCCAACAACACUCCUGAUGGCCCGUCGUCGAUGGAGAUGCCGGUUUUCAAGAAAUAUCUUUGCACAAGCAUCCAUCAGAAAGUAUGCCGAGCAACGAUAUUCUUCUUGCUCAUCGAUUGCUUCCUUCUGCUUGAACUCAUGAUUUCACCGGCAUCAAUGAAGCCAAGCACCCUGAAAGGGCCUGUCGUUCAUGAGAUGAGCUUUGCUAACUUCUCUCUCGAUUACAAGUACAUUCUAUUGCCUGAUCUCUCCUUAUGCGAUGGCUCCCGGAACCAUACUCCGCUGUUAGUUGCUACUGUGCUAUCUACCAUAGAACGAUCUGAGAUGCGACAAGCUAUUCGAGAAACCUGGGCAUCACCGAAGGAAUCCCGUUCCGUCAAAAAAGGACGAGUGCUGGUCUAUUUUAUCCUCUCUGCACCAACCACGGUGCAUGACUUGUAUAUGCUACGCAAGGAGCAGAGAAAAUACAAUGACUUGAUAGUGACAAACUUACCAGAAGCCUACGAUAACCUUGUCUUUAAGGUGUACGCUUCGAUAGUUUUCCAUCAACAGUACUGUCCGAAGGCGAAAUUUCUAAUGAAAAUUGACGACGAUGUUGCUGUUCAUUUUGAUCGUAUGAUAGAUUUAUGGAAAAUUGAUAACAAAGCGGAUAUGUCGCUCUACUGCCGAGUUUGGUCCAAAUCGUUACCUCAGCGAAAGCCAGGAAAUAAAUGGUUUGUGCCAAAACAAAUGUGGCCGGAACGUUUCUUCCCUCAGUACUGUAACGGUCCAAUGUACAUAGUCGGAAAGGCAGCUGGGCAAGUUAUUCUCGAUCAGGCGCAGAUCUUUAUACCGAUGACGAUAGAGGACCUUUUCUAUACCGGAAUUUUGAUCGACUCUACUGGUGUUCGACGAAUAAAUUGGGCAAAAAAUAUUAUUCACACAACCAAGAGAGGCCGUGUCGUGGUGUUCUUCAUUUUGUCUAUUCCAAAUUGGGACAAUCCACGGCAAUUAAAAGAGCUAGUGGAGGAGCAAUACAGAUAUGGUGACCUCAUUGCCACAGACCUGACAGAUUCCUAUGAGAAUCUCGUACAAAAGGUGCAUGCGUGUAUGACUUUCCACAUGCAAUUUUGCUCAUCUGUACCGUUUUUACUGAAAGUCGAUGACGACGUUGCUGUGCAUCCUGACAGACUAGUAGCUAGCUGGAUUUGGGAACCGGGUUCGCUACGUCGCUUGUAUUGUUCUGUUCAUUACAAUACUGCUCCAAUCCGCGACCCAUAUAACAAGUGGUUUGUCUCAAAAAACGUUUGGCCUUUCAAAUAUUAUCCUCCUUACUGCAACGGACCGUUUUACGUGAUGGGUAACGAGACAGUAAAGGAGAUUGCUGAAACGUCUUUAUACUUUGCUCCUUUCGUGAUGGAGGAUGUUUUCUAUACAGGACUUGUGGCAGGAGCUCUUAAAACAGAUUUCGUAGAUUGGGACAGGAGGAUAAUGCAUCUCCUUGAGGUAGAGAGCUCCGUAUCUUUGAAAUAA